AUGGAUCCCGCUCUAACCAACCUCUUGGAGGUGCGCAUCUAUGGUCUGAACAAGAGCAUCACAUCUGAGGCGCUGGGCGACUUCCUCGGCACGGGCGGAGUGAACGUUCGCGGCAUCACCAUGCACCCACAGGUCAAGGGCUUCUUCCAGUGGGCUCAAGUCUAUGUCGCCAGCGAGCCCGAAAUGGCCAGCCUUCUCGCGCUCCGCGAUGCGCUUGCUGCCAAUGGAAUGACCGCCGCGGUCGCCUCGCCCGCCUUUGGCUCGCCUUCCCUCUACGGCAAGACUGACCCUGCCGCGUCACUCCCCCGCAACCUCUACAUUCUCAACCUUCCUCUCGACCUCGCUCAAGUCGAGUUCAAGGCGCUGUUCACCCCUUUCGGUGAGGUCGAGCACUCCAUCCUCCUUUCGCAGCUGGACGGUAUGGGCCGCCGCCGCGGCUUCGUCCUCAUGGCGAGCCACCGCGAGGCGAUCGAGGUCAUGCACCAGAUGCACGGCAAGUGGAUCGAUGGCUUCAAACUCGACCUCACGUGGGCGCUCGUUCAGCGCGAGGCCAAGACCUCGGCGACCAGCACCCUUCCCAACCGUGUCGUCCACCCGCCUGCUGUCUCUCGCCGCGCCGAACCUACCCCCGAGUGUUCCGUACUCGUUGAGGACUUGGACCCGUUCCUCUUCCCCGACACCGAGUCUAUCAGUGCCAUCUUCCAGAUGUUCGGCCCUAUCCACCGCGUCGUCAAGCUCGCCGACUCGUCGGUCCUCAUCCAGUUUGAGAACGUCAUCUCGGCCAUGUCCAUUGUUGCCGCCAAUGGUCUCAAGCUCGGUAACCGCGUCUUAGCUGCUCGUCCCCUCUGUGGCUCCGGCCCUGCUGUCUCCACCUUUGACCCUUUCCUCGACGGUUCAGCCAGCUGGAUGGACGACAUCCACAAGAAGCACCAGCAGCUGCCCAUCACCCCGCAGUCAUCGUUUGGAGUUACGCGUCUCAACGCGCAGUCGCAGCCCUUUGUUCCAAACUUCAGCAAGUCGAGUGUCGAGUCCAAGGCGCUUGCCAACUUCAAAAUGAGCACGCCGCCCAAGUCUCCCUCGCCCAACGAGCAGCUCCGUAGCAAGAUGGACAGCAUGUCCAUGAGCAGGCUCUCUGACCGCUCGCACGCCACCAGCGAGGCCGUCACGGCCGACGAUGGCUCUAACAAGCUCUAA